CACGACGGGUAUUAUUCAUUCAGUCGCAGCGAAUCAUCCGGGUGAGGUAGUCCAUUAAUUCUAGUCUGUAAUUGUGUUGGAAAAAAAUGAAGUUGGCACUGGUAUUUGUCGCAUUGUUUGCUGUUAUUCACCCGGUUUGGUUGCAAGUCGAUUCGUUUAACUUGGACGAUAUGAAAAAUGGAGACGCAAGUUUCUUCACUCGGCCAACGCAAAGUAUGUCGGUUGAUGGCCAAUGUAUCGGAAAUUGUACUAGUCAAUCGGGCAGCUUCCUCAUCAAUAUGCUAAGCAAUCCACCUGUCCAACAUGUGACUGAAGCGAAACCAACUGGCUAUUUCGGAUUUAUCUAUUCUGCUGUAUCGAGUUUGUUGAAUUACCUGCACCAGCUGUUCAUCCAGCCCUGGAUCGGAUUUGUCGGACUGGGACAGUCCAGUUCAGCACGGAUGGACAAAAAUGCCUACACAGUAGAAGGUCGUUCGGCCCCCACUUCAUCAGCACUGACAUCCACUGAUUGGCACGAAAUUGGUACUACCGCCUUCAACGUCUUGUCUAGUAUUUUUCUGAAAAACAAACCUCGACCUACGACAAUUCCGUCGUCCUCACCUGCUCAAUCUACACCUGCGCCUCUUAGUGCAAUUAAACCUCUGUAAAGCUCAAUUGUGUCAAGCCAAUAAAAGUCUGUAAAUUAUA